GAGAAAAGGCAGCUAGCUUACCUCACGAUUUCGUUGUGCGAAGGUGAGGCGGGUGCACCUUAAGGGUCGUGGGUAGCUGGGCAAGGCAGAAAUCUGUCUUUCUGGGUCGGAUCUGUGUCUGUCUGUGGCUGCCCUCUUGAUUUGAGCAGAGUGUCUGGUGGUCGUGUCGUGGUUCGUGAUGUUUCGUGGCGUCAACAAGAAGAUCGCCAAGGCCAAGGGCGACGCCCCGCCGACCGAGCUGGAGGAGGAGGUGGCCAAGGCGCUCUUUGACAUCGAAGUCAGCCAGACGUCAGAGAUCAAGGCCGAUCUCCACGACAUACAAAUCACAUCCGCAAAGGAGGUUGGUAUACACACAGCACAGGCAGGCCACGGACAGACACACAGGGGGGAUCACAUGAUCGAACGGGGUGUGUGGGUGUGCGUGUGUGGUGUGUCUGUCGUGUGUGCAGGUUGAGGUGAAGCCGGGUCGGACGGCCAUCAUCAUCUUCUUCCCCUACCGUGUCUGGAAGAACGUCAAGAGGAUCCAGGUGUGUGUGUGUGUGGAAUGUCCACCAUGCAAAGGUCCUGAUGCCUGCCUGUUGGUUUUGUUUGGUCCGAUCGUUGAUCAGAGUCGUUUGAUUCACGAGUUGGAGAAGAAGUUUGGUCGGCGCCAUGUGGUCCUCGUGGCACAGCGCACCAUGAUGAAGCGAGCCACCAAGGGCAUGAAGGCAAGCACCCCCACACACACGACAAGGGAGAGGAGGGCACUCACUCGUGUUUUGCCGGUCUGUGUCUGAACGUGUCUGUCGUACAGAUCCGUCCCCGGAGCCGCACGUUGACAGCGGUGCACCAGGCCCUGCUCGAGGACGUUGUGGGCCCCACCGAGAUCGUCGGCAAGCGCACACGAAUCAAGGCCGAGGGAGGCACCAUCAUCAAAGUGUACGCCAAACGCACAGCACCGCACACACCAGGCCAGCUGGCUGCGCAACGAAUGAAUGAAAUGUAUGUGUGUGUGUGUGUGUGUGUGGUUGUUGCAGUCACCUUGACCCGAAGGACAAGGAGAAGGACAACAUUGAGGAGAAGCUUCAGACCUUCUCGUCCGUCUACAAGACUCUCACCGGCAAGGAGGCCGUCUUCACAUUCCCAGAACACGUCUACUGAUUCCAAUCCACCCAUCCUUCAAUCGAUGGAUGGCCGGUUGGCUGGCUGGCUGCUUGGCCGCCGUCUGGCCAGUGGACGGGGGGACGGCCGGUGUUGUCGAUGUGAUGACUGGUGGUCUGUGGGCUAUGGGAUGUGUGUGCAUGUGUGGUGAGUGAGUGGCUCUUUUGAGAUGGAAGAACUUCGUAAACCCGCUGCUGCGUGUCUUGUGAAUGAUCAAUGAAUGAUUCCGCUUUG